UGAUUGAUUUUGUCCGUGAUUCAUUGUAGAAAACGGCUGGCUGCGCUGUAUACUGUUCUGUAUACGUUCGUUGCACCGUCUGCAUUGCGCCUGCCUGAACUCUAUAUGCACUUGUAAUAUCAAGUAUCCCAGAUCUAGCUAGAUUUCAGUUCGGUCUCUACCUCUUCGGCAAUAUGACGUCUGUCGUGGAUGAAAGGGUUACCGAUGAAGUGGAAGCCUUGGUGGCUAUUUUAAUGGACGAUGUCACCAUAAGAAGAGUCGGUAAUGUGCCCACUGUUAUUGAAACAGUCGUCAAUCCGUCAACUGGGGAAGAUAUUGAUCAGCAAUAUGUAUGCGUGACAUUAGAGGUUCGAUUGACCCCGAACUAUCCAGAUGCAAGUCCCGAUAUAGUCCUUAGGAAUCCUAGAGGAUUAGACGAUGAACUUUUAGCCAGCAUUCACUCACAAAUCAAGAAUAAAUUAGCAGAUUGCCUGGGCCAGCCUGUAGUCUUCGAGCUUAUUGAUCUUAUACGCGAGAAUCUGACAGCGUGCAAUCUGCCGAGCGGUCAAUGCGUGAUCUGCUUGUUCGGUUUCGCGGAAGGGGACGUCUUCAUCAAGACGCAAUGCUACCAUCACUUCCACAGCCAUUGCCUCGCCAACCACCUCAUCUCUGGCAAGAAGUACUAUCAAGAAGAGAUGGACAAGCUCCCCAACUGGCAGCAAGUACAGGCGCCUCCGUACCAGCCAUGCUGCCCGGUGUGCCGCUGCGUGGUGACCACCGAUGUGGAGACGCUGAAGUCAGCGCCUCCGCCGGUCGAGUCUGUCAACGCGCCGCCAUUCCGCGUCACUCCUGAGAUGCUGGCUAUGCAGAGGAAGAUGUCGCACUUGUUGGCUCGUCAAAUAGCCCGGGGGGGUGUGGUCGGCUCCGGUAACCUCGGUCCGCGUCCGCUCACCAUCACCACGGCGGCCGAUGCGGUUGCCAAUAAUGGACCAUCGCAAGCUGCGCAAGAAACCGCCAAGCCCGAGGCCGCUGCCAACGAUCAGCCAGGCAACGCUUCCAACGACUGCAACGAGCCCGGCUCGCCUCAGCGCCAGGCUUAUCGCGGCCCCUACAGGGGCUUCAAUCGGCGCGGCAAGCCCGGGCGUCGCGGGCGCGGCGCGGUGGGUCCGCGGUGACACGACCCGCCAGCGCCUCCUCCGACCGCCGCCUAGCCGCCCCCGCACCACCACCAAUCCCACACACCCAAACUGAACCCUAACGCUACCGGAAUAACGCUCAAUUUACCAAAACUUAACAUUCUCUCUUAUACUGCGAACGUUUGUCUAUGUUGUUUCUAUGUAAAUGGUCUUGAUACAUUUCGAAAAUACAAAAGCAUAUGUCAGAGGAAAUUGAACUGUAUUUUUGAAGACGUAAGGAGCGUUUUUGUUCAAGGUUUGACAGUAACGUCAGUCGGAGUAUGUGGGUCUGUGUUGCCAUACCGCAUUGACAUCGGACGCGGUUCCAAAUUUAAAAAUGUGCCAUUACCGAUGGAUACAGGGUCCUAUUUGAAUCGAUUCGCCGACUUUAGUCGGUGUACAUCGAUUAUUACGAGACUGACGAUUUACCCUACUUCACUUAUCAAAUAUAAAAUUAUUAAAGUUAUUUCUUCCAAUCGAUCAUAUCAAUUGUUUGUCCAUACUGUUCAGAGAAUUCCUAGUUUUAUCCAACGAAUAUAUUGUUUUACAAUGUUUCUUUAAAUACAUAAUCAGAUAAGUUAUUAUACGAUGCACUCGGUUGUGACACAUCUCAUUAUAAUUUGUAUAAAAAAUAUUGUACAAACUACAAAA